UUGGCUUUUUUAUAGCGUUCACUUUUAAAAUUGAACAAUAAUUUCAUACCAGCAGAGCGACACUUUAAACAUACUAAUUAUUUCAUUCCGUAUACGCAUGCUAUUAUGUAAUAACAGGUAAAGCGCUAGCGAUCUCGCCAACUGUGACCCAAUUCCAUUGCAGCAAGCUACCGUCUGCGCUAACCCAGUGCGACUGAAAGUGAUGUUGCGUGUGUGUGUGUUGCUUUGGGGAGCUAGGCCUUGCCCUUGAUCUCCAAACGAAGAGGAAAAGUGGCGCUCGUCGUACUGUCGGUGCAGUAACCGGGAUUUUGUUGUGCAAUCGGUUCGCCGGGCGAUGUUGGUGGAUGGAUUGGCCGACACUUGUUCAGCCUCGACAAUGAGCAGCGACAAUAGCAACAGCUCGUCGAACGGCAACUCCACGGCCGCACUGCCCGUCGUCUCGUCCGGCGCCGUGCUGAGCUCCUCGGGCCCGCCGCCCCAGCCGCCGCAGCACGGAGCUGCCGAUGGCUACCCGGACGCUCCCGACACCAAGGAGGGCAUCGAGGAACUGUGCCCCGUGUGCGGCGACAAAGUGUCCGGCUACCACUACGGCCUGCUCACAUGCGAAUCGUGCAAGGGUUUCUUCAAACGCACUGUGCAGAACAAAAAGGUCUACACGUGCGUGGCUGACCGCAGCUGCCACAUCGACAAGUCGCAGCGCAAGCGAUGCCCCUUCUGUCGCUUCCAGAAGUGCCUCGACGUCGGCAUGAAACUCGAAGCGGUGCGAGCGGACCGCAUGAGGGGCGGCCGCAACAAGUUCGGCCCCAUGUACAAGCGCGACCGGGCCCGCAAACUGCAGAUGCUGCGCCAGAAGCAGCUCGCCAUGUCGCAGUGCAGCUCUGCCGGCGGUUCGGAGGCGUCGGGUGCCGGUGGGCCGCUGUCCGUCGGCUCGGCCGCGGGAGUCCACUACGCGCUGCCCCCGUCGGCGUCCGUCUCUUCCCCGGGCCUCUACUCGCCGGAGCCCGGUGGUCCCAUCAAGCAGGAGAUUCAGAUUCCCCAGCUGAGCUCUUCGACGAGCUCGCCCGACUCUUCGCCCUCGCCACUUGCGGGACUCGUGGGUCAGCCCAUGGCGCUGGUGCCGCAGCAGCACCCUACGCAGCAGCAGCAGCAGCAGCAACAGCAGCACCAAGGGCAGCAGCAGCAGCAACCGCAAGGUCCUCCGCCCGGGGGCCCGCCGUCGGCAGCCGCGCAGCAGGGUCACUACGCCACAGCGCCCACCGCGGCCCAGCCGGACAAGACGGCCCCGCCACAGGCGCCGCCCGCCCCCGCCUGGCUGACGCAGGGCCCUUCCUCUCCGCCGAAGCCGUUCCCAGCGGCGUACGAGCCGGGCCCUCUGGUCGCCCCCGACGAGGCGAAGGUGCCGGCGCUGGUCCGCGAGUUCCAAAAGAACAUGCUGGACGACAAGGAGUGGCAGACGCAGCUCUUCGGGCUGCUCCAGAACCAGACGUACAACCAGUGCGAAGUCGACCUCUUUGAACUCAUGUGCAAGGUCAUCGACCAGUCCCUCUUCGCCCAGGUCGACUGGGCGCGCAGCACCAUCUUCUUCAAGGACCUCCGGGUGGAUGACCAAAUGAAGUUGCUGCAGCAGUCAUGGAGUGACAUGCUAAUCCUGGAUCACGUGCACCAGCGGCUGCACAAUGGCUUGCCAGACGACACCACCCUACCUAAUGGCCAGAAGUUCUCGCUCGUGUCACUGGCGCUGCUGGGGCUGCCUGCGCUGGCUGACCAGUUACAUGCACUCGCCGCUCGGCUGCAGGAGCUGCGCUUUGACCCCGUCGACUAUGUCUGCCUCAAGUUCCUGCUCCUGCUCAACCCAGACGUGCGGACUUUGAGCAACGUGCGACUGGUGCAUGAAGCCCAGGAACAGACCAAGCAGGUCCACCUCGAGUACUGUCUCAACAACUACCCUCAGAUCACCGACAAGUUUGGCCAGCUUUAUCAGAUGCUUCCGAGUCUGAAGCUCAUCAGCACACGCGGGGAGGAGUACCUCUUCUACAAGCACAUGAGCGGCAGUGCCCCGUCACAGACGCUCCUUAUGGAGAUGCUCCACGCCAAGAAGAAAUAGCAUCCGGCUCCUCCGCCCGCCCCCACGCCCCUCCGCCGGAAACGUCUCGACCGGAAGAACCCCGACCGGAACCUGGCCCGCUCCGCGUCCGUGUGAGAAACAGCGCGCGCCCUCUCCUCCUCCGCCUCUCGUCCUCUGCCCAUUUCGUACUACCCCGCCGGGGCUGCGUCCGGCCCAGGGAGCCAUGUGGCCGGGCCGGCCGCGGCUUCAAGCGGAGUGUGCGGAUGACAUUUUCUCUUGGGAUACAAACAGUAAAAAAAGUGAGCACGAGAAAGGGGGGUCUGCCUUCUCUGUGCAGGCCCGGCGGUCAGUGGGGAGCGCCUAUGUGAGAGCUCUAGCGUUCAGUAACAAGCUUGUCGUCUCGUGUACACAACACACGUGGAUGUGAUAGUGUGUGCUUGUGCGUGCAUUCAUAUGGGCGUUGAUGCCUGGCCAUCCCCGUGCAUGCGUGCCGAGUGAGUGCAGAUGUAUAGUAUAUAUAUAUAUAUAUAAUAUGAAUAUAUAUAUAUAUAGAUCCACACACAUACACACACACACAUAUAUGUACCUAUGUACCAGUGUACACGAAAGAGAAAUAGAACAACAUUGAGGUGUGCAAAGAACAUUUAGUGCCACCCGGCACUUUCUGGCUUGCCUGAUGUGUCGUGUGGGCCACAAAUUCUGCAAGGAGGUGUUGCGAGCUCUACAACUCAACAGGGACUCUGCACAAUGUUACGGAGCUUGUGUUGGUGGUGAGACCUUAAUAGGAGAGGUUUUGUCCUUUUCCUCUUUCCAUUCUUUCGUCUUUUGUCUUUUUCUUGUCUUGUCCCUGUCAUCUUGCUUUUGCUUCCAACUUCCUUUCCUUUUGGACGUGACGGUGUGCAUGCUGUUUUUUGUUUGAGUGCAUCAGUUCACAAGUUGCAUUGGCAUCAGGCUAGACGAGUGAGUGAGAAAGGACUUUUCUCUUUCCCCUUACGAGACUGGACAGACUCAGGGAAAAGAAAUUUGUGUGAGAGAGAACAAAGAAGAGGGAGACGUCCACCCCACCUGACAUUCUUUGUUUCUUGCAUGGAUGACUGUCGCAUGCUUUACCCUCAUUUUUAACUUGCUCGUUAUUCACAGUGGUGUAUGCCAGAUUUGUCUAGAGUAUUUCUUAUAACUAUGUUUCUUCCAUCAUUGCUUACUUUCACGUUUUUUCGUGGAGUGACCUUUCAUCUAGUUCAUUGUGCUGGGCACCCCACACUGUCAUUUCUUUUCUUACUGCUGCUAUUAUCGCCUCAUCUCGUGAACAUUUUUCAUCUCGCAGAAGAAUCGAAUUUCCCAGCCCGCCUCCUUGUGCAUUAAGCCAUGCCAACCAUCAUCACCAGAGCCGAGCAUCUGUGUCAUCCUUUGUUUUUUAUUGUUAAUGUUUGAUCGCUGCACAGAAUGCUACUUGGAAAGGUUGUGAAAGGCUCCAGUGUUUUCCUUUUUUUUUUCUUACGGAGCAGGAUUGAUGCUCUCGGCACUGUUUCCUUUUUGGAGAAAUAAUUCAAAUCGUAGUGGUGACCCUGUUAGGAGUGUGCAAGUGCUCAUUACAUGCCUGACCACGAAAAGUGCAUAAUGAGCCUGAUAUUGAACUGAUGUCUCCAAGUGUAUCAAGUUCAAUAUUUCAAUAGCUUGCUUGAUCCUUUAUAUUUGGGGACAGAAGCUUUACUAGAAAAAUGCUUAUCGUUUUCUGCUCAGGAUUAUUACAACCUGAAACGUUUUAUAAAAAGUGUCUCUUCUAAAGUGUUAACUUUUAUCACUACUUACAUUGCUGUAGUUUUACUUGUUGUUAUUCAGAAAUAUAGGUGCUUAAUUGAAAGCAAGAUAUUUUUGCAAUGCAUUUAAUUUUUCUUUUGGAAAUUAGGAGAAAAUCAUGAUUCAUAGGUUCGAUAAGUGUGAAUUUAUUUCUGGAGGAAAACUACGUGGUUCAAGUCAUGGAUUUUUGCAUGUCGUUAACAAUUUUCUACAGUUCAGGCUCAGAACUGACUGUGGUCAUCCUAAUGCAGGCAGAAUGGUGCAUCUCUAAUCACUUCCUAUCUUAGCAUACAACAAAAGUCCUGUGUUGCUUGUAAAGUUUAUGCAUGCCACUUGCGCUUUUUGCUGAGGUAGAUAUUGUGUAGAGUAUGCUUAAUUACUCUCUGUUCAGACACUUGUCCAACCUUUUUUCCUUCUUUUUUUUUUCAGAUAUUUUAAUUUCUGUACAAGUGUUCAAUGCAACAAGGAGGUGUUUAUUUUAAUGAUGCCAUGUCUUUCUAUCAAGUUUACUUAGACCUUGUGAACAUCUGGUUUUAUUAUUUCAAAGAAUUAACCAAAACAGGUUGAGGCAAAUAUGCUUCUCUCAAUCCCCGCCAAAUCUUCUGUUGCAGUGCCGAGGCAUCAUUGACUGAAGUUAUAAGGUGUGUGUGCAGGUGACUGCCAAGUUUGGACUGUUAGGCUUGUUUGUGGCACAUGCUGCCUCCCUCACGUUAGGAUGCACUUUCAUGACCAUUUGUGAAAGCUAUAUACUUACAUAGCAAAUACGUGUAGGACUGACUGGGUGCAGCAACAAAGCAUGUUCAACGCAGCUCAAUGUGUUUUAGUUUUGUUUUUUAGCUUGUUCUUUGUUGACGACCCUUGUGGUCAGUGUGUACAUAGACCACUGUCUUUAUCACAGAUGUUUUUAUCUUGAUAGCACAGUAGAGGUGCAUACAUCAUUUUAUUUUUUUUUCCCCUUUAUGGCGCGAGUUCCUUCAGUGCAUGUUUUUUUUUCUUUGAUAUUGUUUUUGUCAACGAAUAUGUGUGCUUGAAUAUUGAUGCCCUCAUUUGCGAGCAUAUAAACUGAUCACACCCUUUCUUUUUUUUUUUACCGAUUUAUGUAUGAGGAAUUAUUUAGUGUAAUUCCUGUGCAAUACUUUCUUUUUCCAUAAAUCUUUCAAACUGAUUAUGUGAAGGCUUGGCAUUGGAAGCCCCUCAUGUGGCAGCAUUAUCAACUUAAUCGAAUUUGGAUGACAGAUGUAAGAGAUUUCGUAGAGAAGCUGUGUUUUUAUUUGACAUCAUGCUUUUUGUAUUUUUCUGCACGCAGUGCACAUUUGCUCGUGAUAUUAGCGUUCCACAGCCAGAAGUAAGCACAAUGUUCAUGUCAGUUCAGAUCAUUGUAUUUAAUUGAUGUUCAUCAUGUGCUCCCUUGUUACAUAGUGUACUUCACAACUGGAGGUUUGCUUUGGCAGCUUUGAACUACUGUGAAGUUUGAACUAAACAAAGAUGGAUAAUAGGCCGUAAGAGCCUGUUUGUUGCAGCACCACUGGUUUGUAUGAAAUGCAGCCUCCAUUGAAUCAUGAGCGCUAAUGUAAUAACAAUUACCCACCAUUUUCCCCAUUUCUGAGGGGAAAACAAAUGAAAACAUGUGUACAGAUCAUUAGAUUCCAGUCUCUUGUCAUCACGGUUGCAAGUAUUAAGAGAAUGAAUCGGAAGUUGUAACACACCGUCUGCACCCGCACAUUUUUUUUCUUCAUUUGAACUAGUGCUUUUGUUACAAUGUUGAUGAAGGUCUGAGUGGCUCUCAUUGAACUCCACUGCCAACCUACACACCACGAGGAGUGCAUUACUGCUGCAUGACUGGGGAGAAAAAGGAACAUUUGCAUCACUGUGCUUGCUGUUGCAGCCAUGCUGUCAUGUGACCCAUACUGUGCAGAAAGUUUCAUCACGGGCUUUGCUUGCUUCUAGUAUUUGCAGCAGCUAGUUUCAGCUGUCUUGCUGACAUCCCUUUCCUGCUUGCAGUAUUUUUAAAGGGAUGGAUGCUUAAUGCUUUAGUUGAAUACUUGUGUAUAGGCAGGCGCCAUUGUAGUGCAUGAAUGAAUGCAUCCUUUACAUUUUCAUUGACAUGUGGCAGGCUUCUGCAACAUGGGUGUAGUGGAAUUGGUUAUGUGGCAAUUUGAACUGUUUGCCAUGAAUCUAAACCAGUUUUUAGCGAGAUUUAAGCAGUGUUUCUUCUUUAUUCAAGCGUAGUACAAAUACCUAGAUAGAUAUGUUUUUUGGAAGACAUUGGAGGAAGUUCAAACCCAGCUUCUGAAAAGCAGCCAUUUACGUUUUACAUAUACAUCUACUUGGGUGAACAAAAUAACACACUUUCGGGUGUCACCCCCUGCAGUGGCUUAGCAGCUUUGGUGUUGUGCUGCUAAGUACGAAGUCGCUGGUUCGUUCAUUUCGAUGGGGCUGAAAUGCAAAAACAUUUGUGAACUUUGAUUUGGGUGCACAUUAAAGAACCUCAGGUGGUCAAAAUUAAACUGAGUCCCCCAUUAUGGCAUGCCUCAUAAUCAUAUCGUGGUUCUGGCACAUAAAACCCCAGGAUUUAAUUUUAACACUUGGGUGUCCUUCUCACUUCAUUUAGGUGCAGAGUUGCUAAGUGACUUGUCCUGGUUGAUCUUAUAGCAGUGCUCUUACAUUAAUUUUAUAAUUUGCUGAGCUGCAUUCUACUUGUUUGAUUUUAAUAAUAAAUUUUUCCCCUCUCUUUUAGUAAACCAUGGAGUUAUUCUCACAUUGCCCUGUGUUUAUAGAAACAUAGAAUAGGUGGUGGGGGCUAUUGCACUGUGCAACCUUUUCUGCUCUGAAUUUGCCACUCCCAAUGUCUCUUAUGGCUUGGAGAUUUAAUGGACACAAUCUGUGAGCGAGGUUGGGCUGUUUAAAUCUUGGUAAAACAUGGUAUACAUUUGUCAUAUUGCUUUGUUUAUUCUUGUUCAAACUAAAAGAACAUAUUAGUAACAUUUGAACAAAUUCAACUGAAGGUGCUGCAGUGAGGACUGUUUACUUAUGCUUAACUCUAAAUUCAGACAUUACAUAGAAUUUUCAUUCAGUAUUUCAUGGUAGAUUGUUUUGAAAAGACACCCAUUUGUGCACUUGUAUUUACCCUAUUUUUUAAAAUUUUUUUUUGAGGGGGAUAGCUUGGAGGGGGCGGAUUCCCCAAGUGUACUGUACAAGGGAACGUAAAAACAAAAAAAUUUUGUUUGGUAUUAUUAAUGGCACUUUCAGCAAAAGUUGUAUACUACACCACUACUGUCCUGCUAUCGCACAGACCUUGUCAGGUAUUGAUAAUAGGAUAUCAUUUCCAGUUCAGCUGCACCCAUGUUGCAGGAACACAGAGACUACAAUUUAUGGCACAAACCAUUUUGUUGGUGCUGUUUGGCAGAACAGCAUUGUUUUUUUUAGCAAACUGAUUUAUAUUUAUUUUUUUUAAUUUUUGCGCAUGGUUUGUGGUUGUAGUUGCAUCGGUUAGAAACGCACAAGGAUGUUCCACAUUGUGGACCUGGUCCUCUUAGCUUGCUCUUGCUCGCACAAGGCUCAAGGGGCGCCUGUCCGCAAAGAAAAGUAAGAAUAGGGUGUAGUAAGAUUAAGUAUGGUGAUAUACAGUUUGAGAGCAGUGGUUAUUGUUGGCUGUUGGAAUUGAGAAAACAAUGUUCUCAGAGUACGGCCCUUAGGAGAAUAUUACUGCAGGCACUUCUGCAAAUGUGUUGUAUAUUCCUUUUGUCUUCUUUAUUUUUGCGCCUAGAUUUAAAAAGUAAUGCGAUGUGGUGAGACAUUUGGAGCAUGAUGAAUAGUUAUCAAGAUGUGCCUUAUAUAUACCAGAAUAACCUAUUAAAUGAGAAAAGUAAAAUAAUGUGUGUGCGACUUUUCAAGGAAUUCAAGCCUGAUAGUUGCACCACCUUGAAGAUACGAGGCAUAGCACUUAAGCAUCCCCUCCCCCUUGGUGAAAGGAAAAAACUUUGAGAAGCCCCGAUGUCGCUCUCCGCAAAGCCUCACCUGGCAGUCACCUCUAGCUUAUGGGGCAACUCUCUCGACAUGCGCUUCCUCAUCUCGGAGCCAUGGGUGCCUCCUCACGCUUUGUGGCACAUUGACUGAGGUCAUGUCGGAGAGAGCGACCAGCUUUAGCAACCAUUGCCCCAUAAAUAAGGACAACGAAGCCUAAGAUAACAUGUGGCUUCCGCCACACUUCUUGCAAUGCAUCCGAGACUGUUGGGGCCUGUCCUCAGUUUUUUCCUUGCUCCAUGCCUUCCCCCCUGCCCGUUUUUAUUUUGCGAAGAGGCGUUCCCGAGACAGCCCUGUACGCCGCUGCUACGCAUCGCCACUAGUCAGCAAUCAGCGAAUUGAUAGAAGAGUUAUCCUUCAUUAUCUGUUCCAUGUUGUUGUAGUUUCUGAAGUGAUUGGAACCCCACAUUUGUGCUUUGCAAGAGUGGCUGUUACAUCAUGCGGCCAAGGGCCCUGCCUUGGGAUAAGUUUCCUUGUUUUCAUGAUAGCGAAGCGAAAUGCACAGAUUGCGUGCAUGCACACGUUGUGAGCAGCCUUCAGGAAGCAGUUAUUCUUUGUGAUGCAAGCUGAAGGCAGGGUCUUUGAAUGCCCUUGGUGACAGACAUCCAUACUGGAAAGAAAGUUGCAGUUUUACUCCUGUACUGUGUUGUUACUCUACCCUUGUGAAAGUAUCCGUGUACAUGCAUAUUCCAUAACCAUAUUCUGAAUGUACAUGCCGAUCUCAGAAGAAAUGAAUAACCGUCUUGUUGUGUGUGUAAUCUCAUCCAUUUCUUUUCCCUUUGAUGCAUAUUUGUGUCCCUGCCCCCACUUUUUCUUUUGCAUCUUUUGUUGUACCCUGAGCCAUGAAUCGCUUGCAAAUUGCACUGCUGUUAUUGUUAAAAAAAAAGAAAAGAAAGCAUUGAGGAAACACAUUCUUCUUUUGUUACCGCAUACUACAUUUACCGUGUAUGAUAGGAUGAGAAUUGAGAGGGAAAAGAAAAACACAUUGUUGGAACUUGCAUUUUGACACUGCCUUUUCUAUUCAAUUUUACAACCCACAUCUUGAGUGGAAAAUGAAAAUUUUGAUCGACCUUGUACAUUUCAUUCUAAGCUUUUUAGUAUGCUCUUGCUUUCCUGUUUUAUUCCUGUUUUCUUGAGCAAAAAAGAAAAUGAAUGAGACAACAUUUGAAAAGUUGGUUCGCUAAAGAAAACGUUUGUACAAGGAAUCUUCACCCACUGUUGAACUGUGUAAAUAAAUUGUUGAUAUUUGAA